AAGCGAUCGAGCAGCUUUGAAACCAACCUCUGGCGCGUCGGCAAAUCAGUUUCGGAGUAGCGUUCGGUUAGUGCAGAUCGUGUCUAUUGCUUCGCAUUGCAGUUGUUUUGUUGUCUCCACAGUUUCGCUCGGUUUGCAGUUGAAGUUGCGUUUCUUGCGGGCGCGCGCGUGUGUGCGAUUUUCCGGUUGAAGGCAAGUUGUUGUAGGUGGUCUCAGUCCGAGUAGACCGAGUGGGUCAUAGAAGUUGGGAAAAGUGGCUACGUGAAGUGUGAAUGGCGAGUGAAUUUUAAUUUGGACAAAUACAUAACAUUUUAGAAAACCGAUUUCUUACACGCCAGAGCCAGUUGAGCAAAGACACAGGGCCGCACAACUCUCGGUUGGCGUAACACUACACGCAUUGGCUAUCCAAGGGCGGAACAAUUUUCUGGAAAAGCUGCUAGGCUGCACGGAGCACGGAGGAGUGUCGCAAGACUAGAGCAGUAACGGGGAAGCUAUGAAAAAAAUUCGACGAUGGCAGCUAGUGUUUGCGGUGAUAAUAGCUCUGAUGGUACGGGUGGAUGGCUUAAAAGCGACCUCGUUGAUUUUUGGUCGCGGGCCCGCCACUUCGAGCACAUCAACCACCAGCACAACACCGGCGGCCACUUCCACCAGCACCAGCACUACCACUACCACCGAGGAGGCAUCAGAAGAGGAAGAGUCUGACGAUCAAGGUGAAGUAGCGGCCACCAAAGCGCCACUUACCGGCAUUCCACAGGUGGACUACGUGUGGGAUCCUAACUUACCGCGAGAGCUGGGAGGAUACAAUUUGUCCACCUACCCGUUUUUGGAUUCGGUUCCAGCGGAGGAAGACAUAGGAUUCACCUGCGAUCCAAAACUACAUGACGGUUUUUACGCGUCCAUCAAAUAUAAUUGCCAGCUGUACCAUCACUGCAUCCAUGGAAUUCGAUACGACUUCCUGUGUGCCAAUUAUACAGCGUUUGAUCAGAAGACCUUUAUCUGCCAUUUUGCUUCCGAAGUAGACUGCAAAAAUUCGCCGAAAUAUUGGUUUAGAAAUGAGCCAUUGUACAAAGCAACUACCACAACUACCCAAAAGCCAGCACCAACAACACCAACAACACCGGCACCAACGGCUGUUCCCUCUAGACAGAAGCCUUUGCGCAAACCAGUUCGCAGGAGGCGUCCCCAGGUAGACUACUACUAUGAAGAUGAAGAAUACGAUGACGACUACUAUGAGGAACGUCCUCGUCGUAGGAAGAAUCGACCACGUAAUCGUCGCCCAACUUACGACGACGAAUACGAAGACGAUGAACGAUUCGAUCGACGUCCUGCGGAUCGCUAUCGGGAACGUGAUCGGGAUCCUCCCGUAGAGGAAGACGACUAUGAUGAUCGUAGACCGUACCGUCCGAAGAAUAGAAAUCGUAACAAUGACAGAAGAAAUGAAGAUGAAGAUCGUCGUUACGGAUACGAUGACCGCCGAAGAGAUCGUGACCGAAGGCCAAUUGAGGACGACAGACGGAGGCCACUCGACGAAGAUCGUCGCUUAGCUAUGGAAGAGGAAAAACGUUCAACGCCGAACGAGCGAAGAAGAAGACCGAUUCCUGCUGAUGAACGAAGAGUUUCUGAUCGCAGACCUAUCGCUGACGAGUAUCGGCCGGUGAACGAAGAUCGUAGAUCUUUUGCCGAGGAUGAUAGAAGAAAGAUACCAGAGGAAAGAGCAGGUGGUAGACGUCCGUAUAACGAAGAUCGUCGGUUAGAAUAUGAGGAGGAGGAUGAAGACUUCAAUUCACGCAGACCGGAGAAAAGGCAGAAACCUCUGAAUGAUGUCGUGACCGUAAAACCCUCCGGAUCAACCAUUUAUGAUCGACCACGCGCUGCACCGAAAAUUAAUCGACCAGUGCCUCUGAAUGAGAAGAACAAAUAUUCAUACACAAAUCCAGAAGCACCGAAAAAGAAACCAACGACAACGACAGCUUCCUCCAAUGAACCCGAACCGGAAUAUUAUGACGAAUAUGAAGAUGAACCCAAGAAACCGGAGCCAGUCGUCGACAUGCCAAAAACGGUGGAUCCGGGAAAUCGAGGAACGUAUACUUACAAAGAAGACAAACGACAGAGUGCUUCCUCAGAUGUAGUUUACUACGAUGACGUGAUUGUGCCGAAAGAAUCUCUCCCUCAGAAGCCCAUUCCAGGAAACGUAAAAAAGCCUGAUGGCAUUGAACGAAUUAACACACGUGAUAACUCCGAGCUGACGAAUAGAUAUAACGAAAAAAUUCGAAGCCCUCAACGUGUCUCCAAGCCGGAAUUCGAAGACGAACCUCCGCGAAAUUCUAAACCCGAAUACGUCGACGAUGAACCAGCUGAACGAUCGAAAUCUAGACCCCAAUCUGUUUUCAACAAUUUCAAAAACAAAAAACCUCCAAUUUCGCUAGAGAAUAGGAAACCUGCUCCGGUUCAAAGCAAUCGCGACUUGGAAGCAGUGAAUAAAUCUCCAGAAGUCUCUAGACCAAUCCUUCGUGCCACUAAGCGACCAUUCCUCCCUAGCCGUGGAGGUAAUCCUUACGCAGCCCGAGGACUUCAGCCAGUAGGCGUUGCAAAACAAGUGGCAAGUCAACCGCAACGUCCCGCUCCUACUAGCAAUGACGCCGAACGGCCGGCACCGUUCCGUAUUGACGUAGACAGUUCUCCUCCCAGUUCCAUUCAGCUGGACAUGCGAACCAGUACUACUCGCCCAAAUGAAGAACGCGUAAAGACCCUCGAUCAACUGUAUGACGAAGAGUUUGACGUCACACUGAACGAUGCCUUAAAUCCAACCCUAAAACCACUGACACGAAGCGCACCGCAUAAUUUCUUCCGCAACCGGUACCAGGGCGUAGAUCCCGCUUUCGUUCCAUUCGAACCCAGUUACGCACCGUCCGAGUUUCGACGAGCGGCUGUCCGACCUCCACCGGCAAUGAUCGCGCACCACCAUCAACACCAUCCGACCGUGUACGUGAGCCAAAUCCGAGGACAUCCUGCCCAGCGAUAUGAGUACGAAUAUGAAUAUUGAACGGGUUCACGAAACGGGAAUUCGUGAGCCAAGAAAACGCAAAAGAAAACUACUCUUUUAAUUUAUUGAAAACCACGAUCCUUUUUUCACGAAAAAAAAGAAAAGAAAAUUAUUUAUUACUCAAACCUUCUGCGUGCGGGCAGAAAAGUUGACGCCAGUCCUUGUUGUGAGGAUCGUCAGUGCGGAAGAAAUGUGCUCCACCAAGCAAAAAAAAUCGGUGGUGAUAAUUAAGCGACUAAAAUUCUUGAAACAAAAAAUCUUAUCUGUACAUAUGAUUCUGCUGUAUUUUUAAAGAUAAAUACUCAAUAAAGGUGAUAUCGACGUAUUGCAAUUUAUUGCUAUCAGCAAAAUGCUAAACCUUAAACAAAACAAACAACAAUCUACUAGACGUGACGGAAGAGUAAACUGCAAUAAUGAUUUAGCUCGUAGAUAAAGUAAUACUUGUGUAAACAUCAUGCAAAAGAACUACUAUGUGACAAAUAAGAGAUAUAAACAUUAGGUAACACGAUUAGAACGAUUUGAAGAAGUGUACUGCGUAUAAGGAAAAUAAAGAAAAUUUAAUUUUCGAA